AGCUAGCGAAGCGGGCGCGAUGGAUGAAGCGCAGCAUGAGUUCGACGCGUUCGUCGACUUGUGCGUUGACCUUGAUGCGCUCGUCGCGGACGCCGCGCGGGCAGGCGGCGAAAUCGCGGAGGCGGAACUGUACGCGCAUGUCGGGCUACCGCUGUGCGAGCGCGUGCGUGUGUGGGCGCAAGAGAGCCGCGCGGCGGGCGAGUGCCUGCUGCAGUUCGGGCAGGGCGGCGGCGCGGGCGAAGAUUCCGUGCGGGAGGUGCGCGCGCGCGUGCUGCAGCUGGUGUACUUCGGGAUGGCGCUCAAGUUCGACUACUCUGACCGCGCGCGGUGCGAGAUGCGCCAGUCGUCGCUGUACGUCGCCGUGACGCGCAUCGUGGACGCCGCGGACUGGGUCGUCACCACGGGGCGCACCUUCCUGUGGUGCUUUGCAGAGCCCGCACUCCUACUCGCGCGCGAUUUCCUCCUCGACACCCGUGGGUGCGAUGCAGGUCCGCUCUCGUCGCUCGUGCUUCCGUCCCAGGCACCGGCAAGGUCGGCAUUGUCUACGGGCGACGUCUCGCUGCUCGAGAUGAUUGCGAACGUGUUCCGUGCGGCGCUCGCUGCAAUGGCAGAGGACAACCCGCAAAGAGUAGUCGCCGCGUAUGCUGUGGAGAGUGUCGCAAGCGCGCUGCGAUAAUCUUGAGCCGAGUUGGUCGACAAGCAGUUUCCCGAGAGCCAUGCACGUAUUACUGCUAUACGCAAUACAUAUAAGUGAACGUGC